AUGCUUCCGCUCGCUACGAUCAUGGCCAGGCCCUCGGCGGAUGAACUUAUCCUUGGACGUGCGGUGCUGGACACCGUGUCGCUUAAUGACACAGGGCUGCACGCAGCAAGAGGUGACGGCCUCAGUCCUUGCUUCAGCCAGGCUCAGCAACAAGCACCUCAAGGGCCUUCUCCGGAGCUCGAACAGAUCAAGCUCGCACAGCAUUCAGGAGGCCGGAAGCUUGGCUAG